AUGAAAGUUGGGUUGAAUCGCCCAUUUUUGAACUACGUCCGGAUGUGUGCCAUUGGUUUUAUGUUUAACUUCGGUGUUUACUUCUUUUGGCUCGUCAUUCCUAUCAUCCUAAAGGACUACGACGUCAAUUCCAUAUUCAUCGGCCUUGCUCCGACAUUCACCUUUGGAACAGCGGGAUUUCUAUCUAUUUUAACAGGUUACUUGUCUGAUAUCAUCGACGCAGAGUGCCUUGUUUCACUUGCCUCAGUACUUAAUGGUGUUGCUUGCUUCAUGCUUGGCCUUGUAUGCGCCGCACACACAAACUACUACCUCUUUGUCCUAUCACUGUUUAUCCAAGGUAUCUCUUUCGGUCUCUUCUAUUCCCCCAUAGAAACACUUAUUUCUUUGCACUCAGAAGAAGGAAAGGAAGGGAGGAACCUUGCUAUUUUCUUCACUGUGUGCUAUCUUGGAACGUCAUUUGGGUUUUUGUGUGGAGGGAGCGUUAUACUGCUCUGUGGAAACACAUUCACGUUGUAUAUUGUCGGUUUCAUUUCGUUGUUUAUCUUCUUUGUUGUGCCCAGGAAAUUCAAUGACAUCAAGAAGGGUUCAACGAAGGUGAAGGAAAGCUUCGAGGACGAUGUAAAAGAAACAAAAUCUGUUAGUCUUUCCACAGAAAGCUCAUCAGAGGCUUCUUCGUUGGUAAACUCACCACAAAACACGGAAAGUAAAACCGAGGAGAAGGAACCUGUCAAGAAAGUCAGUCAUUACAGAGAAAAGGUAGAAAGGUGGACAUUCUUUUUGGUAUCAUGUUUUGUCAGUGUUGUGAUUUACGGUUCGUUGGCAAUUAUAACGGACCAGUAUGUUGGGUAUGCAGAAGAUGAAGGAAUUGUAUUGGAAGGUGUUUCGAAGCAGUCGUCUGUCUUUGUUGGUGUGUUUUUGUUCAUAUUGAGUAUAUUCGAAACAAUUUCAUUUGUUAUCAUGGGAAUUACCGACGUGUGGGUUAAUAAGGCGUUCCUCAAUUUGUUGGCGCACUUAACGAUCAUCAUACUUGGGUUGUUUUUGUACUACGUGAAGGUGGGGUGGGUGCUUGUGAUUUUUGUCUCGCCGGUACUUGGACUUGUGUGUGGGUACGAAUACCAAGCAAAUGUGGUCUAUGCGUUGAAUUUGAAAUCGCGCCCAGGCUUCUUCUUGGGGGUGAACGAGUUUGUCGCGAACGUGACGUAUUGUGUGUGUCCUUUUAUUGCUGGUGUGAUGAUGGAUUUUAUUGACCGAGACUGGUGUAUUCUUUUGAUCAUCGUUUUGAACGUGUUUGGUCUUAUUAUUGCGACUGCGCUGCACUUUUUUGGUGCUGUGUUGGUAUACAAAAAGCGAAUUACAGACGAGUCUGGCAAUUAA